AUUUUAUUCACCAUUGGGGAGUUUGGAGUAGAUGUUUGGACAAGGAGAAUUAAUCUUGAGCUCCCGUCCGGUCAAAGAGGAAGAACACCGGAAAGAUGAUCCCGAAUCUGCAGAGGUACCGAAAUUUUGCAAUUCCUUUAAAAUUCGUUCAUCAACACAUCGUUCCUCUCCGCCGAUUCUUGCACAAUGGCCCGGACACCGUUGAAGAGCUCCUGGACAGAAGCGUGGUGAAGAAAGAGAAAUCCCUAGAUGACGAUGAGGAAGAGUUGCUGAAUCGGCGGCGACUAACCAGCACUAGGCACGAGGCGUUGAGUCUAUACCGAGACAUUCUCCGGGCAACGCGAUUCUUCAUGUGGCCAGAUGCGCGAGGGGUCCUCUGGAGAGACAUCCUCAGAGAGAACGCCAGGAAGGAGUUCGAGGAGGCUCGGUACGAGAAGGAUCCAGAAAUUAUAACUCGAUUGCUUAUUGGCGGGCGUGAUGCUGUGGAAUCGGCUCUCGAGAAGCUGGCCGAGAAGCAGAGGCAGCAGAUUGCCAAGGAGCGCGGUGGUGGAGAUGGACGGUAAACAAGGAUGGAUCACAAAUCUAACGCGUAAGGAUAUGUUGUUCAGUCAUUUUUCUAUUUAAACCAUUACAUAGAUGUAGUCAAUUGUAAAUUUUGCUUGUCAAUUGGAAAUCCUGCUUUUGUUGUUCUGUGAUUGUGAAAAUGGAAGGUGGAAUCAAAUUAAAAUGAAGUAACCAUUUCAGUUUCAGUCUAAAUUUCAAUUGUUCCAGGCGCCGAGGCAAUCCUAAUUGUGCAAUUCUCUUUUUUUGCAUCUGUUGCUGCUAAAGAUAUUCAACUGAGAUGUUUACAUGGCAGUGAAAAUAUUGACAAGCAAAUGCAUUUUUCGACGAAAUCUACAGUUGGUAAAUAGGCCAUUUUAUGUAUAACAAGAGCCUGGUUUAAAGACCCAUCAAAAAGUUCAUCUCUAGAUUUCUUUUAGUGACUAUCCUUCCUCUGAUUUUUAGUACAGUGUCAUUGAAUGUGAUCCUUUGUGUUAUUUCUGUUGAGUGUUGACAUUGACAAAUCAAAUUCGUUAUGCUGG